UUUGAGUGGGCAAGAAAAUUAUGAGUGGUAACAAUAAGGCGAGCAACUAGUUGUAACUGAUACAUAAUAUUAAGUACAGUAUUUGAUGAAUUGUUAAUUACUGCAAAAUUGUGAUACAUUUAUGUAUUUGUAAUUGAAUUAUUAGUCCACAUAGAGGUAAAGAGUUUAAAUUUUUUUGUAUGUAUUGGAUUCGUUUUUAAUGUACCCUAAAUUUCCUUGUAUUGUGUUCGUUUGUGGUACCUUUAUUUAGUAUUUACUAACUCUUCCCCGCUAACAGAAACCAACUUAUACGUGAUAAAUUUUUUGCAAAGGCGAAUAUCAUGUGCUAACAAAUGGGGUUGUCAACAUUCGAACACAUGAUUUCUCAGUCAACCAUUCUCAAUUAGAAGCACCCUAAAUUUAAUUCUCAAUUAACUAUUAUACUAAUUUAUUCAUUUUUGUAUUUAGGAGCCACCUGUUACACUCACCUACCCCUGAUUGAAAUAAAAUUAUUUUUACAAAUUAGCUAUGAUUUGGUGGAAAUUUGUUUUAGAUAUUGAAUAAAUACAUCUUUAAUUUUGGGUGGAUCAUAUGGACCAUUGUCAUUUGUACAUAAUUCGUUAUAAGAACAUUGAAUAUGUCAAUACACAACUUAUAAAUCAUACACCAAAUAUUUGAAAGGUCAAACAUUCUCAUUUAAAUACGUGUUAUUUUCGUACCCGAUUAAAUAUUAUAUCUAACUUGCCAUUUUUCCUCCCGAGACCCACCCUCUAAGCCUCUCCCUUUGCCCCUGCCCGUUAGAAUAUCUAUGAAAAAAAAUAGUAAAACACCGACAUCGACGAGAAGCAAAGCUCUUAAUCCGCGGGUCGAACUGUCGGUUGGCUCGCUUUAACGCUGACCCGAUGAGAGAAACCGGGAUGUACACACACGUAUUGGAGGCCAAAUGGCAUCGUUUUUCAUUUGGUUUGUGAAUUGUGCCUAUUUUCCGGUUUUCUUUUCACCUAACACAAUCUUUGGAAUUCUAAGUUGAACAUUGAUGUAAUGUAAAUGUGUGUUGAUUUUCACUAUAUGUUGGAUCCAAAUAUGACUUGUUAUUUUGAUGUAAUGUUAUAUGGUAUUAUUUAUAUGUUUGAUGAGAUUUUAUAUAAUUAAUAAAUGUAUGAAUAAUAUAAUAACUUUUACUAAAUUGAAUUAAAGCGGUCGGCCGAACCAACGAACCGGGUUGACAACCAGAAGUCAUUUUCGCGAACCAAAUUCCCCCUCCGCCCAGCCAGCCAUCCGAUUUUGAUUCUUCAAUUUGAUUCACUGAACUGACCGACGUGGCAGCGCCCGAUUCGCAAUGGUGGCGUAAACAUUAAUCUAGUUAAUUAUUCCAUAUUCGGGGUCAUUUCCGAUAAUUCGCUUCAAUUCCCAUUGUCAGCCUUUGUUGGUAUAUAGCUAGCUUCUCCUCCUCUUUCCAAAUAUCUCUCACGCGUUGCGCCCAAGCUUCCAUUUUAUUUUUCUCGUCUUUCCCUUUUUUGCUGCUGCUCUCUCCUCUCGCGUUUCCCUCCUCAUCUCGCCGAUCCCCUCUGUGAAGAACAUCUCCAGAAAGGUACGAUUUAAGCUUCGAUUGCGUUAGCGAGAAUUAUAUAGAUUGGCGGAAAAGAAAAAAAUUCGCUCUGAUUGAGCGAUUUUGAAUUUUGAGAUUGAUUUGUUUCCGCUGCUUCGACUGAUCUGGGAGAACUACGUUGGUAGAGUCGGUUAGAUCUGUUGCGUUCCGUUUCUGCGCGUGGAAUUUCCGGAAUAGCAGACGUGAUUUGGCUGAUUCGAGCUGGAAUUAUGGAUUUAGCUAGAGCGCUCUGUGAUUUCAUGUUUUCUCCCUUCCGAUAUCAGCUCGCAUUUCUGGUUUCGCGCGCUCUCGUCUUUUGGUGGUAGAUCUGUUGGAUCUAUGCGGUUGGUUCGUUUUCUGGCGUUCUUAUGGGGGUGAUUAUCUGUUUGUUUGCAGGGAUCAACAGCAAGGAAGAGCGAAAAUGGGGCUGACGUUCACGAAGCUUUUCAGCCGGCUGUUUGCCAAGAAGGAGAUGAGAAUUCUCAUGGUUGGUCUCGAUGCAGCUGGUAAGACCACCAUCUUGUACAAGCUCAAGCUUGGCGAGAUCGUCACCACCAUUCCCACUAUCGGAUUCAAUGUUGAAACCGUGGAAUACAAGAACAUCAGCUUCACCGUGUGGGAUGUCGGGGGUCAAGACAAGAUCCGCCCAUUGUGGAGGCACUACUUCCAGAACACUCAAGGCCUCAUCUUUGUUGUGGACAGCAAUGACAGAGAUCGUGUUGUCGAGGCCAGAGAUGAGUUGCAUAGGAUGUUGAAUGAGGAUGAACUGCGAGAUGCAGUGUUGCUUGUUUUCGCUAACAAGCAGGAUCUGCCAAAUGCAAUGAAUGCUGCAGAGAUAACCGACAAGCUUGGUCUCCACUCCCUCCGCCAGCGUCACUGGUACAUCCAGAGCACCUGCGCAACUUCUGGUGAGGGCCUUUACGAAGGUCUGGAUUGGCUCUCCAACAACAUUGCUAACAAGGCUUAACUCUGGUGAGGCAGCCGUUUUGUGGAUGGCGGAUCUGGAUGCAGGGGUGAAUGUUAUCUAGUUUAUCUUCUCUUCUCACUUUUUUUUUUUUAAUCUUUUACCGUUCUUUCGUUUCUCCUCCCCCUUCCUCCCUCCCGAGACAUUUGGUUUUUUUGUUUCUGCAUAUUUUUACUCUUUUUUUUAAAUCUUUCGUUUUCCCAGCUCCCUCUUGGUUUGGGAGGGAUGGGAUGCCUUCUUUUAUGUUAGGACCUCUUUUUGGAUGGGUUACAGUGUAAUAGAAUACAUAUAUAUUACUGUUAUGUUGGUUGGAUCUUGUUACUCUCACCGAGAAAUGUUUCAUUAGGCUUUGGAAUGGAUCUUCAUGUGGCCGUGGUUUGGGCCGUAGGAGCAGGGAAUGCAGGCUGUCCUCCGAUGAUUCUCUUGCUAAUGGUUAGUAAUUAACUACAAAACAGAUCUACUCAGGAUUUCUCGCUCACUAUUUGAACACAGACUCAGAGACGAGAACCACUCAAGAAUGGAGAUCACAGGAAGAUGAGGAAGAGAGGAAGAAGCCGAAUAAUACAAUCUACAAACUCUAACGAAAUUUCUACCUCUUAUGAAUUCUACAAGUCAAUUAUUUUAGUACCGAAUACUGCAAUAUUGAAUACCAAAAUUAUGUUCCAGAAUCAAUGGCAAAUUAAAUUCUAUACCUCAAUAUGAGUCCUAAAAUAUUUCGGUACAGUAUCGAUAUAAUCGCUAUACCAAAUCAAUUGCCUUGGCAAAUAAUAAUUAGAAACAAUAAUCGAUGGUUAUGAUUGGUCCAAAUAUAGGCAAAAAAUGAAUGCAGCAUCUCAGGGUUUUUAGUUUAGAAUUUAGAUAAUUAGAACUUAGGUUCACUCAUUAAGGGCUAGGGUAUAGUAUCUGUUUGUGCCUAGUAGAUACUAGGCGGUUUGUGGAGCUGGGGCGAGGCGCCUGUUCUUGGAUGUUGGGGAGUACUCCUGAUACUCUGCAAAACAACGGUCCAGGGCGGUUCGCCCGGGACACUCUCCGAAGCUUAAGUUAGAGAGAGAAGGGGAGAGAUAAGAACUUAUGUAGAGAGAUGAAUAGUAGUUGGCCUUACCAAGUUACCAUUAAUGCACUCACCCUCUAUUUAUACCUGGUUAAAGGGUGGUUGGGGCAUUAAAUGCUAUGUCGGGCGCCCCAGACCUGGUCGGGCGCCCCGUGUAGGCUUUUUGGGUAAUGUUAGGCGUCCUGGGCAGGCUUUCAGCCUUUUUGCAGGCCGCCUGUGACUGGCAAUAAAUGCUCAGUCUUGCCUGACACCAGAUACGCAUCUUCAACGGCUCCCUGCCCUUCUGUGCUGCUCAGUUGCUUUGUGUCAGGCGCCCUUAUCUAUUCCUCGGGUUCGCAGUCGAUCAUGGACCGCCCGCUGACCCAGUCUUCCGAUCGGGCCCGGCCUCCUUAUUGGGCCUUAAAGUCCGACUCGCCUCUUUUGGGCCCGAGGCCCAAGUACGCUCAACUAUGCGGCCCAAUAAUUGCCCCUUAGGCGG